GUGGGCCGGUCUAAAGCAUGAAACUCCAGGGCUGAAAAUGAGUCCCACUUCGGCCCUGUGAGACAAUGACCUGUUACCUGCCCCACAACUGAUGGAAAGCUAACGAAAAGCUCUACAGGCUUCAGUCACUUGAGAGGAUGCUGCAAUAAAAACACAGCAAUAUUAAAAAUUACAUACAUUAACAGCAGACUGCUCAGCAAUCUUAAAAACUAUGAGCAGGCACACCACAUAGCUGAACAGUUUUGGACUGUGAGGUGCAAUUUACUUGAAUUUAUGCAAUAGCAUUACUUUUAUUUUAUUUAUUUAUUUAUUUGUUUAUUUGACAGGACAAGCAAACAUAGUUAAAGCCUGUAACUGAUGCUCAGCAUAUAGAGUUUAUAGUGCUGAUUUUCAACUCCUGUCCCUGAUUGGGCAUUUCUAAGAACAUUAGAAAACAGAUAACAUUUCGUAAACACACACACACAAAAUUAAUAUCAUAUUCAUGUUUUGUUCAUAAUAGUUAUUUUCUCUUUUAGAAAUGUGUACAAACACUACACUAAAUAUUGUUUAUGUAAUAUAAAUACAUAAAGUUAUGUUAUGUUGUUCUUUAAAUUUCAUACAAAAGUUUUGAAAUAUCUACUGUACAUCAUGUGGCAUCCUGCGGGAAGAUGCAAAUUUAUACUCUUCGAGCAUUUGAGACAUUACAAGUUCUAGAUCAUUUUCUGUUUCAUUCUUAUUUAAUUCAAUUAGAGAUACUUCACAAACCUUAAGACCUAAAGGUUAGCAGGUAGUUGUAAGAAAAGUUGGUAAUUAUAUGUCCAUUUAAGUCAAAUGAAGAUUUACAAUGUUUUAUGGCUUCAAAACACAGAUAAAUGCUAUCUACAAAAGUGAUUAAGAUGACUUAAUCGCUGGUAUCUUUAAAAAACAAAAUUAUGACACUUGGACACUUAGAUUCCCAGUCAACACUGCGGUUAUGAUCUGAAUGGACUGUUACGAAAGCAUGUUUUUGUUACAAAUAAAGGACAAAACAAAAGAAAAUUCAAAUGCCCUGCUUUUCAACCAAUCACAGUUGAGGAAAGCUUCUUCCUUCUCAAUAUGCAGUAAAAAGUAAACAAGCCUGAACAAGCAAGAGAAACUUAAUACAGUUAAAGUAAAUGGCAUGAUGUUUUGGAAUUUUUACUGGAAUUUAUCUUAUGGCGUGAUAUUACUGGGAAAUUCAUGUGCUGGCCUAUUACUCACAAUACAGCCAUACAAACAACACACACUCACAGCUAUAAUAUGGAUAGUGUAAAGAAAAAACAUAAAGCAAUUACUAGAAAAAUGGAUAGAUUUUUAUAUAACUAUCAUCAUAUCAUGAUUGUGGAAUAAAAAUGACACACUGUACACCCUAUUGAAGUUGGGUAACUUUUAUGUUGUCAAACUGUUAUCACGCAAUCUGUACGUACAGUAAAUGUACAGCAAAUGUACGUUGGUCAGUUGUUUUUUGUUUUUAUAGGGGAUAGCCUUUGUCUGACGGGAGAGACAGACGCCAUGUAAACACAUGAUCAUAAAGUAUGACGUUGAUGGGGCUUUUGAGUCUGACAUGGUCACGUUGGUACCACGUCACAACAUAUAUAAAAGCAGGGGCAUCUUAAAAUAAUUAGAGAACUAAGCUCAUCAGUUUUACAGGAACUAGAAGAGUGAAAUUAUCUAGUCGUUUACUUGAACCUGACAUUUCAGACUGCAUCUGCACUGACUGCGUACUGUAAACAGCUUAUCUAAACUAUAGGCUAUUGAAAAUGGCGAAAAAAGAGCAAACUGUCGUCAUCGAAUGCGCGCUCCAGUUGCGCAGAGUUGGAGAUUUGAUUGACUGGAAGUACAAGCUACUGGAGCUCAUAGUAGCUCUGAAGAACGCCAAUAAACACAACAAAGGCUGAAAAUGACACUGUUCCGGAAGGAAUUAGAGAAUGUAAUAUACAUCUGAAAAGGAUUCAUUUCCGACGACCUGCGUCUUCUUGACGCCGCCAAAAAAAGACGAAGAGGGAUUUCUAUGGUGAAGAUACGAAGGCCACUGGCAGUUUCCGGGAUUAAGGCUGACCUUAUUUACUGCUGAGCUAUGUCUGUCAGAGGACUGUAUGUCUGCAAGAGUUUUAUUUAUUCAACCGUCGAUGUUUAGGCAGAGCUUAUUGGUUUAUUUCUCAUUAUUGAGACUGUAAGGUGGCACGCGCGGAGAUUAAACUAAGCCUAAACUCCAGCAAGAUGAAAGCUUGGACGGCAAAUCGUUGAAUUUACUAAUGUACUAAUUUCUUUGUUUUUCUUAUGUCAUUUAUAAAAUAAUAAUUAUACACAAAUAUUUACCUAUGUACCUGUAAGCAGCAGGACCUUUCAUAUACUGUACCUCACUUUUAUGAAUAGGCUAUGUAAUAAGUGCCUACUAGCACCUUUUGCUUCUGGUUGUUAACGUUAGAUGUAAUUAAAAUACAAUCAUUAAAAAUAAAAAGAAGUCUUGAAAAAGAAGUUGCAUGUGUAUGAUCCCUACUAGAACAUAAAGCUUAUUUCUCAAAAGUUACUUGUUACAUGAGAUUUAGCGUUAAAAUUAUCAUUUACCGUUGUCUAUAACAAGCACGUUUAUUAUACAGAUAUAUUACAGAUGUGAUGUCUGUGAAAUCCAGGCCA